UCAACGACGAGAGAUAAGAUGAGUCGCUGUUGUUGCUUCGAAGAUGCGUUUUCCUUGUGCUCGCGAGGUUAAUUAUUGCCAUGGUUACAGUACAAGCGUUAUAGAACUGUAAAGCGCAAACAAGAAGUGAAAAUGCAGCCGCAACAGCAGUCCGUGUCUAAAGAAGCCGUCGCUGACAAAGGACACAGUUUGCAAGGUAGUGAUGCGGAUUCCCUGAAAGAAACUGGAGUCUCGCAAAUACUGAUGGAAGGAAGAGUAGCACAAGUUACCCUCGAAAAAGCUCAAGCUGUUUCCUUUGCUAACGGAGACACAGAUGGAAAUAUUCCCCACAGUGAACAAAAUAAUGAAGCCCAGCAACCAACAAAAAAAGAAAAGGACUUUGGUCCAAGAAUGACUAAGGAAUUCCUGAGGGACCAUUGCAAACAACAGAAACUGUACGUGACGCCUUACCUGAAUGAUACACUCUACCUGCACUAUAAAGGUUUUGUCACCAUUGAAAAUCUGGAGGAGUAUACAGGUUUGAAGUGCCUGUGGUUAGAAUGCAAUGGCCUGCAGAAAAUCGAGAACCUGGAAGCACAGACUGAGAUGCGCUGCCUUUUCAUGCAUCAAAACCUGAUUCAGAAACUGGAAAACCUUGAGCCGCUUCAAAAACUGGAUUCACUCAACCUCAACAAUAACUACAUUAAGACUAUUGAAAACCUCUCCUGCCUUAAAGACUUGAGUACUCUGCAGCUGGCUCACAAUAAGGUACAGACUGUCCAGGAUAUUGAGCAUUUAAAGGACUGCCCAAGCAUUAGUGUUCUUGAUCUCUCUCACAACAAACUGGAUGAUCCAGACAUACUUUAUGUCUUUGAGGCCAUGCCUAACCUGCGAGUGUUGAAUCUAAUGGGUAAUGAAGUGAUUAAGAAAAUCUCCAACUACAGGAAGAUUUAUACAGUCCGUCUGAAAAAGCUGACAUACCUGGAUGACAGGCCUGUGUUUCCAAAAGACAGAGCCUGUGCUGAAGCGUGGACUCUAGGAGGCUGGGAGGCAGAGAAAGAGGAACGGCAACAGUGGGAGACAAGAGAAAGAAGGAAGAUCCAGGACAGCAUUGACGCUCUGUCCGAAAUAAGGAAGAAAGCAGAGGAGAAGAGGCGGCACAAGGAAAUGAAGGAAAAAGAUGAAGGUGUUUUCUCAGAGAAUGGUGUUGGAAACGAUAUGGAUAUUCCUGGUCAAUCUCUUGACCCUGUCACCCACAAAAAGAUCCAGACAUUUGUGGACGAAACCAUGCAAGCCCAUGAUGAUUUUCUUGAUGAAAUGGCAGGAAAAGACGAAGAAGACCUCCAGGAAAUCUCAGAAAGCGGGAAAGAGCAGCUUGCAUCAACAGAUUCAGAUUGUAAUGCUGAUAAAGAUGAAGAAAUACCAUCAGCAAUCCCAGUUGCAGAGAAACAAACCAACAGUAUGGCUACCUGUGGUGCCCUGGUAACAGAGCUGGAAAACAGUGAGACAAUCGAGACCAUCGACCUGGAGAAUCACGAAAAGAUUUAUAUUGCUGAUCUGCCAGAUUUGGAAGAAGUAGAAAUAUCUGAAACUGAAGACGUAUUAAAUUUACAGGCAUUGUAUCGACCGAAAAUUGAAGUGAUUUCCGCAGCGAGCGAUGAAAGUGACUCUGACUUGGAAGACAUUGAAAAGUUGACAGCAGGGAAAAAGUUAAUAGAAGAGAUUGAAACUACAGCAGCUAAUCCAGAACCAGAUUUGUUUAUCAGAAGCUCAGAAAGGCAGAAGCCGUUAAAAAAAUCUACGAUCAUAGAGGAGACCUUGCUGGAAUCUGUCAGCAAUACCACAGAGACAGUGGCAGCAGACGGCUUGCAAGCACCACUAAUCCAGGAGGUACUAGAAUGCUUGGAAACAUCAGACGUGAAUGAGCCUGAUAAACCAACCACAUGUCUAAUAGAAGAGUUAGAUUAGGGAGAGGAGACGACCCCACGAUCACAAGGCAAACGUGAUCACAAAAAGCAUGCACUGCGCUCACGUGAUAAUAAGAUUCUAAUCGGGCUUGAGGGAUUGCCUUGUCUAUAAAAUGUAUUCCAAUUUAAAUGGCUCCUUAACAAAUGAAUGUAGUAUAUUCUGCAUUGUAUGCUGUAUGUUGUACUGUAACAUCUGGAAAAUAAUAUAGUUGAAUUGCAUGGCUUACCAAUGUCAUUAGCCGUGGCCUAUUUCACCCUUUAAAUUACUUUAAAAACUACUUUUCAUUUCAGUUGGGGGAAUAGCACGCUGCAAUUAUUAUUAGUCCUUUGUUUCUUAUUUAUUUUUCAAAAUGUUAGUCAUUUGAGAAAGAAAAAAAUGUGUAUGUUUAAAUAUUUCAUUGUCACAGUUAAAUAAAGCUGUUUUUGUAACCAUCAGUUACAAUAUGAAAAUAGUUGUUUUCAGAUUUGACAUUUCGGACAUGUGUUCUACACAAACUUGUUUCUUUUCGUAACACAUCCAGUUUCUUGUUACAGCCUGCAAUUUCAAUACAAUUGGUCUUUAACAUAAAUAGGAAUUAUAAGAGGUAAUAAAUCAUUAAAGAAUGAUGAAUUAUCUAUCCAUAACAAUUUACACAUUGCC